AAGAAAACUAGUCAUCAAAAACUGCAUUCUUCGGUAAAGCAGUCUAACAAGAAGCAUGAAGCUUCUAAUUGGUUUAUUUGUAACCAUCUGCUGCAUUGUGGAGCGAAAUCAAGCAUUUUUAUCUGGCAUAAAGAAACUAGCUAAUAAGGUAACUGGGGCAGGCAAUGCAGAAAAAUUAUCACAAAACGUUAUGGGAACUGCCAACAAUAAAUAUGUACCAAAAUUGCAACCCUUGUUGUGGAAAAUAUUGAAUCGUGAACUUGCAGCACAAGACAUCGAACCGAACAACUUCGUCGAAGGCGAUAUUCGAAAUGAUGAUUUUGUUAAAGCUGUGAGGUCAGGAAGCGCCUCCAAGCGAGCAGGAACAGCAAAUACGAAAUGGGAUAAGAGAAUUCCGUAUAUGUUUGAUGGUUCGAUGACGGCUUCGAAGAAAGCGGUUGUGAUGAACGCCAUAAAGGAUUUAGAAGAUUAUACUUGCUUAAAAUUUGUGACGCCUGGAGCUGAAGACAAAGAUUAUCUUAAUUUUGUUAAAGAUGGCAAGAAAUGCUGGUCCCACGUUGGACGUGUUGGUGGAAAACAAGACAUAAGUAUUGGUUCUGGAUGUGGCUUCAAAGGAACUGUAAUACAUGAAAUAAUGCACGCUCUUGGAUUCUUUCACGAACAUACAAGACCUGUCAGAGACAAAUACAUCAAAGUUAAUUUAGAAAAUGUCAAAACAGACAAAAGAGACAAUUUCAAAAUACAUGAAAGCAACGCAAUUAUUGCAAAGCAACAAGACAGUCCGUAUGACUACUAUUCAAUUAUGCAUCUUGGCCAGCGUGCAUUUGGUAAAGAUGCAGGACUGCAGAAAACGAUUAUUCCAUUAGAUGCUAGCGUUAGUUCUGACGAAUUGGGACAAAGAUCUGGAUUAAGUAACAUUGACAUCCAAAGAAUUUCUAAUGCUUACUGUAAUGAAAAAGCUACUACCACUGCCGCUACUGGUGUUAGUACCUCUCCGUCCCCAAAAACGGAAGAAAGUGCUACCACGACUAAAUCACCAUCCGAAAAUCCAUCUUCUGAAAAUCAAAAAUCCAAGGAAGAUGAUGACAAGCAAGUUGCAUCACCAACAGAAUCAACAGAAACGAUGCUUCGUUCUACACAACCCGCAGAUGUAUUAAAAAUAAGCACUGAUGCACCAAUUACGAGUACCAAAUCAAAACAAAAACAGUUCGAUGAUGCAGCAGGGCCAACAGCACGAAGUAGUUCAACGGCUAAAGCAACGAAUUCAGUUACUGGCAAAGCGAGUGCUUCUUCAGCAUCCGACAUAAGCUCGUCAGACAAAGCAAAAGCUACAGUUGGACCGACUAUUUCCAGUAGAGCUUCGGCUACAGCAGGUCCAACAAGUGGCCUAAAAUCAGGCAGCAAUGGAUCAAAAGCAGGAGAUGAUGAUGAAUCGAAAACAGGAAGCUCUGGAUCAAAAACCGGAGAGGCUGGAUCAAAAACAGGAGACGAUGGAUCAAAAACAGGAGACGAUGGAUCAAAAACCGGGGAUACUGGAUCAAAAACAGGAGAUUCUGAAUCAACAACCGGGGCCAUUGGAUCAAAAGCAGGACAUGGUGGAUCAAAAGCAGCAGAUGCUGCAUCAGGAACAGCAGCUCCUGCAACGCAGGAAGUUACAAAGGUUAUACCAACUGUAGUAACAGAAGUUGUUUCUAAAAUUGUCCCGACGGUUGUAACUUCUAUAGUUACAAUUCCAACUACCAUCACAAAGAAGCCAACUACUGCAAAGCCGACUACGAAAACAACAACAACAGCUGCGCCAUGUUGCCUGCCAGCUGCACCCGCACCCGCACCCGCACCAGCACCGGCACCUGCACCUGCACCUGCACCAGCAGCUCCUUGCUGUCAGCAGCAACCUCAAUGUACAACAAACAAUGGUUAUCCAUGCUGGCCCCAAGACUUUACUUGGUCAAAUAAUGGUCUACCAUCUUCAUGUAAUUGCAAUACUGCAGCCCCAUCUUGCAGAUGCAAUUGUGUGAAGAUCGAAGGAGCUAAAAAGAAUCCUGUAUGGUCUAACAACUUCCUCUGCUACAAAGAUAAAGAAAAAAACCCAUCAUUGAGAUGGUCAACUAAAGGCACCAUUCCAAACAUGAAGUGCGUAAAAGUCACAGGAUCGAAUAACACGGAUGGUUGGGAUAAUAAUUAUUUGUGUUCAAAGAAAGCAGCCCCGUAUAAAUUCUUUUGGUCAUUCAACGGAAAAGACGACAAAUCAGGAGAAUGCUUACAAAUCGAUGAACCGGAAGAGAAAGGUUGGGGAAAGAACUUUCUGUGCGCAUGAAUUCUGUUUCCGGUUUAUUUUUUUAUAGUGUAGAUGUUUUUACUAAAGGAAUAUAGCUGAAAUUUAAACUA